UCGAGAUUCAAUAAAAUGUGACGUAGAAAAACAAAAAUUAAAGAAAAACGAAAUGAGUGAUGACAGCGAUGAUAAUUUUGAGCUACCAGGAAUCUCAGGCGAAUCAAGUAGAGCUAGUUUUCCGUGUCUAGAUUUCACUGCCUGGUCACCCAACUCAGGCCUGGACUUUCUCUGCCUUGUUCCUUUCUCCUCUGUGUACAAGCCUAUCUACAAGCAGACAGACACGACGGGGAAAGUAAAAGUCAGCAGCACUCACCGCCAUCAGAGACAGAAAAAGUUCAAAUGUAGAUCUACUGUGGGGAACUAUAUAGCAGAUGAGAGAAGAUUACAGAAUGCUGCUAACCAGAAUGAUAUUAAUACAGUGGUGGAGUUACUAGAAGAUGGUGUUGACCCUUGUUGCUCAGAUAACAAGCAAAGAACACCCCUCCAUUUUGCCUCAUCUCAGGGCUAUGAGAAAGUUGUGAAAGCAUUGCUUGACAAAGGAGCUGAUCCAAACCAGAAAGAUAUUUUAGGAAAUACACCUCUUCACCUCGCUGCCUGUACUGGACAAGUGCCUGUAGUCACUCUGUUGCUGCAUGCAGGAACUAACCUUAAGUCCGUAGACAGGCUCGGGAGAACACCACUGAGUGUGGCCAAAUCGAGGCUUCGAUUCCUCAUGGAGGAUAAAGAAUACUCCUCACAGAGGGUUAAAGAUGAGACUUUGGAGAUAGGAGAGAUGAUGAAGGCGUAUUUAAACAUCUCGGGAUUGCGUCAGGAGGCGGAGCAACUGGAUCAGUUGUGUCAACAGCUGCAGGGCGUGUCCACGCGGGAGGAGGUGGACCACCUUAAUACUCUACUCACCGACUUUGCCAGUCUAGACAUUAAAAAAUCACAAGCAUGAUGUAACUCACAAGAUCAUAGCAAAAAACAUAUUAAUAAUUUAGGAAUCUCCCGGUGUCAUAUUCACAAGGGAUAAUCUUUGCUCAAUGGGUCAAAAGAGACUAAGCUCCCUUGGCUAUUAUCAUAUUGAUUCAUGUUUUCAUCCCAAAAUAUAUAAUUUUGUUUAGGAGGAAAUAUUCAUUCUAGGAAGCAUGUUAUCAGAUAUUGCGAUUGUAGGUUAUGGAAUGUGUCCAUUGUUAUGUUCACUUGGCUGAUUUUCAGAUCAUGAAUAAAUGAUUUCUAAGUCAAUUCUCAUUGGAUAACAGUUAUUUGGAAUGUGCAGUCUAUCAUAUUUCAAAAGCAAUAGCAAUUCAUUACUUUGAAAUUGAUGAU